AUGGCCGCAUCGUCUCACAGCUUCGCCUCUGCUCGCUGCAACUGUGAACGCAUUUCCUUCUCUAACCAUCUUGCCCCGGUCACCCAUCGUCUCCGCUCUUCAGUGGCAGCCGCACCCCCGCCAGCUCUCACCUCGAGCGCCUCCCCCCUCGCCACCACACCGGCUCUCUCCAACUGCACCUCCAGCGCACCGAGCCCUGCCCUAGCAACACCCUCCCUACCUGGAGUCAAGUCCUUCAUCAGCACUUCCGCCUCGCCCUCGGCCGCCGACAAGCAGCACGACAAGCACGUAGACGAAGCCAGCCCGGACGCCUCCAUCGACCUAGCUCGCCUCAACUCGCUCCUCUUCCAGCUAGCCCAGCCCGUCGAGGCGCCUGCAGCGUACACCACCGCCGCACCUUCCGCUUCUGCGUCUCCCUCAUCCUCGUCCUCUGCGGCUGCCACCCCGCGUCUCACCCCCCGCCUUCGCGGCAACGGCACGCUCCGGGAACCGCGCGACAAGCGAGCCGAGCGCAAGUCCAAGUUCGAAUCCCUACUCGACACCUUCCACCAGGCCACCUUCUGCACCUUUGAGCCGCAGCAGUCGAGCUACCACCUCUCGGCCAGCGACCUCGUCUCCGCCUUCGACGAGCAAGGCCAAGCCAUCACUCCCAUCGCGCCCAACGACGUCCUCCGCGGCAUCGCCAGCAGCAUGACUGAACCCGCCGUCCAGCACCAGGCCGCCUCUGGCUCGCUCCCCAGCGAGGAGAACCCGGGCAAGCUGAUCCAGGCCUCGGGCAUCGCCGCCCCCUACCAGGAAGCCAUCAAGGAGGCCAUCCAGGCGCGCGUCGACGCGGGCAAGUCGCGGCCCAAGCUCGUCGGCAUCCUCGCCACGCCCAGCCCGCCCAGCGUCGCCUACGCCGAGUGGACGCGCAAGGCGUGCGAGGCCGUCGGCAUCGAGUUCGAGAUCUGGAAGACGUGGGACGACGCGGCCGUCGCCGCCAAUGACGAGGGCGGCGAGGCCAACCACGCCGGCACCGCGCCCGACUUCGACCUCGAGGCCGACGUCGAGGACCUCAUCAUCGCCGCCAACGCCGACGACAAGGUCCACGGCAUCAUGGUCUACUACCCCAUCUUCCACGGUCGCCAGGACACGUACCUGCAGCAGAUUGUCGACCCGCGCAAGGACGUCGAGGGCCUGCACUUCAGCUACUGCUGGAACAUGUACCACAACGUGCGCUGGGUGGCGCCCAAGCAGCUCGGCAACGCCCCGGGCACGACGCAGGAGGUGUCCGAGGGCGCCGACCAGGAGGCGUCGAGGAAGCUUGAGGAGACCGACGGCGAGCAGGUGCCGCCGGGCAUGGCCAAGUCGAUCCUGCCCUGCACCCCCUUGGCGAUGGUCAAGUGCCUCGAGUCGAUCGGCGUCUACGACCGCAACCUGCCCUACGGCGACCGCCUGUACGGCAAGACGAUCACCGUCGUCAACCGGUCCGAGGUCGUCGGCAGGCCGCUGGCCGCGCUGCUGAGCAACGACGGCGCCAAGGUGUACUCGGUCGACAUUGACAGCAUCCAGGACGAAAAGAACUUUGAAAAGGACGUGCGCACCCGCGCCGGCAUGUACCUCCCCGCCAUUGGCAAGACGACCAUCGCCAUGCUCCAGCGCAACCUGCUCCGGCUCGUCGAGUACCGCGAGCUCGCCCAGAAGUGA